AUGCUGGUGGAUGACUGCGGAAGCGGGAUGGGGUGGACUACGGCUAGCGUGCGCGGCGGUUGGUCCACCCCGGCAGGAUGCAGAAAUUCGGCCAUGAGCUUCGGCGGCAGUGUGCCGUCGUUGCACCCGACCGGUUCGAUAAGAUCGUUGCGCUCGCAACACUCCAUGCAGGCUCCGCCCGAGACACCGCGAAGAUGCAUACAUUGUCAUCCGGUACAUGUCCCAAGCACCCCCAAUAAUUACAUGCAACAUCCCAUGCAGUACUAUACGCCGACUCAUUGUGUAGAGGGUCAAAAUGGCACGUACACGCCGCACCGUGGAAGUUCGUAUCACGGCGACACUCGUCUGCGUUACGUGGACACCGAUGAAACUAUGGGUGGCAAUACGAAUUGGGUCCUGGGCGAUCUACGCAAUCUGCAUCGUUGCGUACCUGCAUUUCGUCGUCCAGGGAUAGACGUCGCCGGUAUGCGGGCGCAUUUCUAUCCGGAGGGUGGAUGGGGCUGGCUGGUCUGCGCCGCCGGUUUCCUCGCCCUGUUGCUCACCACCGGGAUGCAGCUCGCUUUCGGAUUACUUCACCUCUACGCCGCGCGACAUCUUGGUGAGGUCCAUUUGAUGGACAUAGUGUGGGCGGGGGCGUUGAGCGCCGCGAUCUCCCGUGGUUCAGCGCCGCUGGUCGUCGGCGCGUGUCGCCGUGGCAAUACGAGGCUUACGGCGGUGAUCGGUGGCCUCGUGCUGGCUCUGGCGUCGUUCUUCACCUCGUUCGCCGUCCAGAUGCAUCAAGUGCUCCUUAGCUACGGCCUGGUGCUGGGCACGGGUGCUGGCCUCGUGAGGGAAACCGCCAGUCUGGUGUUGGGCAAUUACUUCAGAAAACGACGGGAGUUCGUCGAGAUGGUGGUGCAGGCCGGUACCGGCGUGGGAAUAGUGCUCUUCAGCGUCGUCUACAAAGAAGCGGUCGGGAAACUGGGCUGGCGGCUGGGGCUUCAAUCGGUAACCGGAGCGCUCUCGCUGGCCUUCUUCCUGGGGCUGAUUUACCGGAGUGCCUCGCUGUACCACCCUCAGCGGCGGGCCAUGGUGCAUCUAAAGAAUCAGCGCGGCAAAGUCAAAGAGAAGAAAUCCGCGGCCAAAGUACCGAGGCAGCCGCUGGUCGACCUGAGUCCCCUGGGAUCGCGUCCCGUGAGAAUGCUCAUGCUGGCCGCCGGUGCCGCCGGUUUCGGUCUUUACACCCCCGCCUUCUAUAUCGCAUUGCAGGGCUACCAGGAUGGAUUGGAGGCGAGCGCCCUGGUGCUGCUGCAGACCUUCCUGGGCCUGGCGGCGGCACUCGGAUGCGCGGCUUUGGGGGUAGUUAUCGUCAGACCUUCCGCUCAGUGCCUAGUGUCCAGGCAAUAUCUCUGUCAAGCGGCGCUCAUUGGAGUCGCCGUAGCUCAAGUGGCGCUCGGUAGCGUGCAAGGUUAUCACGGGCUCGUGCUGGCCUCCGCGCUUUACGGCGCCUCGCUCGGCGGCACGCUCUACUCCCUGAAGAUGCUGGCCCUGGAGAGGCUGCGAGCGAGACACUUCGCCAGAUCGUGGGCUUUGGUGCAGGCCGCGGAAGCCCUGCCCAUCCUUCUCGGAGUUCCUCUCACAGGUUACAUGAACGCGAGCAGCCCGCGGGUGGGUUACUACGCGUGCACGCUGAGUUCCUUGUGCGGCGCGGCGCUCCUGUUCCUGGUCGGCUGGGGCCGGCAGCCGGCGUCGCCGGUUCUGCCGGGGCCGCGGCUCUCGAGCCUCGGCCUCGUGCCGCCGCCGCCGCCGUGCGUGUGCCCGCCGCCGCCGCGGCCGCGGCUGCCCAAGUCGCAGUCCCUGCACGUGCCGCUGGACGUCGAGGACGGCAUGCGCGACCGCGACUUCGUCGAGCGGGUGCACCACGACCACCACCCGAUCGUCGACCAUUACUGCCAUCCGCAGUUCCACCACGCGCCGUUGCGGCCCAGCAAGAGCGUGCCGGAGGGCCUUGGCCAUCAGGAUCCGUAUCGGACCCGGCCGCGACGCCACCGCGACAUCACCGUCAUCGAGCAGAUCACCACCAGCGUGUAA